AUGUAUAAGACAUCACAGGGGUCAAUUGUUACAAGAAAUUUGGGAGAGCUAUUUCAAGAAGUUAUUGAUUUGUGUGAAACAGAGAAUAAUGCAAUUAUCUUGGAUGAUAGGUCUCAUCUUAUCAUCAGCUGUCUAUUUCUUUCAGAAAGUGUGGGGGAAAGUGGUGAGCUAGCAUUCCUUUCACAAUGCACUCUUGUGGUGACACAGACUGUGGCCUGUCUUGUUUCAGACUACUGUGGCCUGUCUUUCUUUCAGUUGGGGACUGUGGCCUGUCUUGUUUUAUGGAAAGGGAUAUCUGUCUUCAUGUUUAUUAUAUCAAGUAUGUCUGCUCUCCUCCAUGUCUUACGAUUAAUCUCCAAUCAAUAUCUUCCAGCAUCAUAUUCUUUUUCUUUGUAA